AUGUCAACCCUCAUCAUUCUUGCGUCAUUUUUCCAGUUAUGUAUUGCACAACUGAACUUUGAGGGUUCUACAGGUAUACUGUACUCUCCAAAUUAUCCUGAUAAUUAUUCGAAUAAUGCAAAUGUGGUUUAUACGGUAACUGUUCCAGUUGGAAAUUAUAUUCAUUUAACAUUUUUGGAUUUUGAAACUGAAAAUCCAUAUGAUUUUUUGAAUAUUUUGCAAGGUGGAGGUGAUGACGAUGAGUUGGUUUCUUUGAAAAAGUAAGUUCUUAUCGGAAAGUGAUUAAUUAUCACAGUUUUAAAAGUCAGAUGAUUUCGUAAAGUGUUCAUGAUUAAGAUGUUUGAAUUAAAUCAUGCAAAGAGCAAAAACUGCCUAGAGAUUAAAAUAGAAAAUAACUUGCAGACUAAAGAAGAAAUACAAAAAUUAAAAUUCCAGAUCAAUGAACUAAAUAACUUAUUUUAGUGUAUCUGGAGAACAAACUGGAACUUCUAUGGACAUUUCCGAUUCUCAAUCUACUCUAAUUUUCAAAAGUGAUUUGACUACAACCUAUCGUGGAUUUGCCAUUAGAUUCGAUGCAGUCAAAGCUGGAACCCUUUUCAGUCCAACCAAUUCCUGUCCAAGCCCUCUUCAUGCUUCUUCUUUCGGAAUUGUUACCACACCAAGCUUUCCAUAUAACUAUCCAAAUAAUAUUUCAUGUUCGUAUUUAUUGCUUGCACCAGCUGCACACACGUAAGUUAUAUUUUUCCGAUAUUCUUUCGAAAAUUCCAACUUUUCAGAAUAAUUUUGCAAUUUGUUGCUUUCAACACUGAAGAUGGAUAUGAUAUUGUUUGGAUUUAUGAUGGAUCUAAUAACUCCUUCCCAUUGAUUGGUAAAUAUUCUGGAAACAAAAUACCACCAAUCAUAAAUUCUUCUGGAAAUGCUCUCUAUUUAUAUUUCCGAUCUGAUCUUGUUAACAAUUUCCAAGGAUUUUCUGGAAUAUACAAUAGUGUUAGUGGCGUUCAACCAGUCACAGAUCCAAGCACAAAAUCGAAGAAAAAUCUUCUUAAUUGGCUGAAAGGAAAGAUUGGUAAUUCUUCCAACUAA